AGCCGUGCAGUCGCACAAGGUGAGCUGUGGUAACAGCAUAUCCAAGGGAGCCCGCAGUUGAUGACUGAUGUAUACGCAAGGAUUUGGCGGACAUAUAGCUUUAUGAAUGCUUUUUUUUAUUUUAUUUUUCCUCCCUUCGACACCGACUGGAGAUCACAGUUGACGAGAACAGCUGGAGAUGCAGUCGCUUUAGUUGAAAGAUUGUGACAAAAUUGAAUUCAGCAAGGCAACGGAAUGCUGUUGGAGUCGCCGGGUUCGGGGUUCCUCUCGUGAAUAGUGGAAGGAGUGGAAGCACCAUCAUCAGAUGUGCGCCCCAGCAUUCGGCCAAGUUGCUGAGCUCCCGCAACUGACGUGAGCGGCAUUUUCUCCAGAGUCCAACGGAUAGCGGUGUGGUGUGCGUGGGAUUAGGAAUAACAGCCGAGUCUUAUUCAAGCGGAUUUCCCCCGAAAGGACACGCACUAUAUUUACGCGUUUGAGAUUUGGAUUGUCUUCCGUGGGUUGUGGGCUGAAGUGGUUACGUUUCGAAGCGGACAAGAAGCGCGGCUUCCAGCCCAGCUCGACCUUUCUGGGCUGGAAUACAGAGGGGUUACCGUCCGUUGAGUAGCAGCCUGAUGAUGUCUCAGCGCGGCGGUGUCAUGUUACAGCGGCGGGGCGCCACGUCGGCAUGGCUCACACUGCUCCUGGUCUCAUUCUGCUCCGGCAUCACUGGCAUCCAGUACCACCUGGAUGAGGAGAAACCGCCUAACACACUGAUAGGCAGCCUGGCAGCGGACCAGGGCCUGCCCGACACAGGUCACCUCUACAAGCUGGAGGUUGGCAGCCCUUACCUGCGCGUGGACGGCAAGACCGGAGACAUCUACACCACCGAGGUUCCUAUCGACAGGGAGACCCUGAAGGACUGCCGAUACCUAUUUGAGGGUGACCCCUGCUUUCUGGAGUUUGAGGUGUCCAUAACAGACCUCAUUAAGGGCCAGAGCCCACGCCUGAUUGAGGGUCGUAUUGAGAUCCUCGAUUUGAAUGACAACACACCACAGUUUGCCUCGCCAAUUCUUUCACUGUCCAUCCCAGAGAACACACAUGUGGGCACGCUUUUCCCCAUACCCAUGGCAACUGACAAGGACUCAGGGACGAAUGGCAUCGCUGACUACUCCCUCACUCCUCCGCCAGACGCCGCCAGUCUCUUCGGCCUGCAGGUGGCGCAGGACACGGAGGAGAAGCAGCCGCAGCUCAUCGUCCUGGGGAACCUGGACAGGGAGGCCCGUGACUCAUACGACCUCAGCAUCAAGGUGGUGGAUGGGGGCACACCACCCCGAUACAGCAGUGCCUUGCUGCGUAUCACGAUCACUGACGUCAAUGACAACCCGCCAAGAUUCGAGAAGUCCCACUACGAGGCUGAGCUGUUGGAGAACAGCCCCACUGGUCACUCUGUUCUGCAGGUGAAGGCCAAUGACUCUGACAUGGGACCCAAUGGAGAAGUGACAUACAGCCUUCAUCAGGCUUCAGCUGUGGUGCAAAGGCUUCUCAACAUCGACAGGAACACCGGAAUCAUUUACGUCAAAGGUCUGGUCGACAGGGAGGAGGUGGGCGUGCUCAAGUUCUACGUUGUGGCGAAGGACAGCGGACCCCCAGUCAAGAGCUCCAAGGCCCAGGUGACCAUCACCAUAAAGGACCAGAAUGACAAUGCGCCGACCAUAACCAUUCGCGGCAUUGGUCUGGUGACCCAUGAGGAGGGUGUGGCCAACAUCUCUGAGGACACACCAGUUGGUACACCAGUGGCAUUGGUGGAGGUGUCUGACCGAGAUGAGGGCGAGAACGCCAUUGUGACUUGUGUGGUGGCAGGGGACGUGCCUUUCCAGCUCAAGCAAGCUAGUCAGUCAGGCAAUGAGAAAAAGAGGAAGUACUUCCUACAGACCACAACGCUGCUGGACUAUGAGCGUAUCAAAGAUUACAGGAUUGAGAUAGUUGGUGUCGACUCUGGAAAUCCAGCACUAUCCAGCACAAACUCACUCAAAGUUCAGGUCACAGACACCAACGAUAAUGCUCCCAUCUUCUCUCCUACCUUGUUUGAAGUUGAUUUUCCUGAGGAGAACCAGCCUGGUGACAAAGUACUCGAUGUAAUGGCGAGUGACGCAGACAGUGGCACCAAUGCUGAGCUCACCUACAGUAUAAUCAUGGACCAUUCCAUCAAGGGACUCUUUGAGAUCAAUGCUAACACCGGCGAGGUCCGUGUUCUGAAUCAGCUUGACCGUGAGCACCAAGAACGGUACGAGUUUCAGGUAGCUGCAGCAGACAAAGGUGUCCCCAGCCAGCGUGGGACUGCCACUGUCGUGGUCCGGGUGCUGGACCGCAAUGACAAUGACCCCAAGUUCAUGCUGAGCGGCUACAGUUUCUCUGUACUUGAAAACAUGCCCCCGCUCAGUCCAGUCGGCAUGGUGACAGUACAGGAUGCAGAUAAAGGGGAUAAUGCUAAAGUGCGUCUGUCUGUGGAGCCUGACAAUGGCAAAUUCGUCAUCCAGAAUGGAACAGGAACCAUCUUGUCAAGCAUUUCCUUUGACCGGGAAAAGGAGAGCACCUACACUUUCCGCCUAAAGGCAGUGGAUGGAGGUGACCCACCGCGCUCCUCCUACGUCGGUGUCACCAUCAACGUCCUGGAUGAGAAUGACAAUGACCCUUACGUUACCAAGCCAUCAAACUCUUCAUACAAGUUCCUCCCUCCUCUGACCCCUCCCAACACCCAUGUGGAGCGAGUGGAGGCCGAAGACAUGGACACGGGGCCCAAUGCUGAGCUCCAGUACAGCAUACUCAGUGGUAAUCCCCAUGGCCUGUUCCGCAUCUCCCAAAGUGAUGGAGAAAUUGUGUUGACCAAGGAGUUCACACGCAAGCAUAAUGGCCUCCACCGUCUGGUGGUGCGUGUCAGUGACAAGGGCAAACCCCCGCGCCAUGCCACCGCACUUGUGCACAUCUUCGUCAAUGAAACACUCGGGAAUGUCACCAUGAUCGAGUCACUGGUCGGCUACAGCCUGAACACCCCACUGGACACGGACAUCGCCGGUGACCCCCACGAGUACCUGCGGCAGCAGAACAACAUUGUGUAUGCUGUUGUGGCAGGCAUUGCAGGGGUCAUCAUGUUCAUUGUGGCCGCUGUGGUCAUCAGGCACUGGCUCCAGAAGAAGGCCAAGAGUGGCUACCAGGCGGGCAAGAAGGAGAGCAAGGACCUUUACGCUCCCAAACAGGGCCCUAAGAGUGGCAAGAGCAAAAAAGGCAAGAAGAACAAGGCGCCCAAGCCAGCUAAACCCAUAGAGGAGGAUGAGGAGGCCAGCCUUCAGAAAGGCCUCAAAUUCAACCUCAUGAAUGACAGUGUUAAUGACAGCCCUAGGAUCCACUUGCCCCUCAAUUACCCGCCAGGUAGUCCGGACUUGGGCAGGCACUACCGAUCCAACUCCCCCCUGCCCUCCAUUCAGCUUCAACCCCAGUCCCCCUCCGCCUCCAAGAAGCACCAAGCCGUGCAGGACCUCCCGGCCACCAACACCUUUGUGGGGACAGGAGACAACAGCUCGUCAGGCUCCGACCAGUAUUCGGAUUACAGGAUUACGGCAAACCCACCAAAAUACAGCAGCAAACAGCUGCCACACCGCCGGGUGACCUUCUCCACGACCAACCAAUCGCAAGAUCUGGGGGACCCCUCUCAGCACAGCUACUACGACAGCGGCCUGGAGGAGUCGGAGACGCCCAGCAGUAAGAGUUCGUCCGGGCCCCGUAUCGGCCCUCUGGCCCUGCCCGAGGACCACUACGAGAGGACCACACCCGACGGCAGCAUCGGAGAGAUGGAGCACCCCGAGAACGACCUGCGAUCCCUGCCCGACGUGGCCAUGACGGGCAACUGCACGCGGGAGUGCACCGAGUUCGGCCACUCCGACUCCUGCUGGAUGCCCGGACAGCCCUCGCCCAACCGCAACAUGACCGCCAAGGGCCAAGGAGCGCCCAACCUCUCCACCUUCGUGCCUUACCAGGAGCAGGACGGCCCGGUGGCCAACGCCAACACCCUCCCCAAGCCCGUUCCCGAGGAGCGUAGCGGAGGAGGUGGAAACAGCAGCGGAGAGAGAGGAGGCAGCGCCCGGGUGCCCGCCGGCGUGCGCUUCAAGGCCCCCUACACCAGUGCCUACUCGGCGGGAGGCGAGCCGGGCAGCAAAGACUGCUCCUUGGAGGAGAUCCCUCUGAGCCAAGCGGCUGACUAUUCCACCGCCACCACUCCCUCCAGCCAGAGCUCCAAGAGGGAGAUCUACCUGUGA